AAGAAGGUGCAAUAGUUCAGGUGAAGCAAAGCUGCCUCUUACAUGGCCUGGGAGGAUGUUUAAAAACCUGCUCCACAGAAACCCAUAUUAAACAGGCCAGCUGCCUGCGGCGUGGUGUUGCCUGUGCUGCUCGAACCUCAUUUUCCCUUACUCUCGUUCACCACCUUAGUUCUUCCUUGAUAUUUCAGUGGCUCUUCUGUUCUCUUACCACCUACGAGAGGAGCCAGAGUUCGCAGGGCUGGCAAAGGGAGAGCUGGGAGCCGUGCUCGUGUCUGCUGGAGAGAAAAGGUAGUUUCAGCUCUGAAAUUCUUAAUUAAGAUUUCUUCUUAAUGGCACCUGAUGGCCUGAGUUCUUUGGGUGUACGUAAAGAGACAUUUCUGCAUCAGUCUGAAGGAUUAGCUGGAAUGUGUGCACAGUCUUUGCUGAUUUGUUCACCAGAUGGUACUUGCCAGAAUGAAAAGAAAUCCAGUAUGACAACAAUGGGAUAGCUCCAAAGCUUUUUUUCUUUUUUUUUCCAGCAACCACUCCUUCUGCUUUGUGUGCAUUUUACAGCACUACUUACAGUUAAUGCUGUGCCACAAAGUAGCCAUGAUAAAUUUCUGUCUGAAACAUGGUUUCUCUUGCUUAUUUCAGCCUUCCAAAUGCUGGAAAUGAGAAUGUUUGUUCUUUCAUGUGCCAGGAAGAGGCGUUCACACCAGGCUGGAUAGGAUCCUAAAGGUUGCCACAAGAUACAUGAAUACUUACAGUGUGGAUGUGCAGAGUUGCUGGGAUGUUCAAGGCAAGCUGUAGCAAAACAUGGCCUCGUGUCUCUGGGAAGUGCAGCACUGUUGGACUUCACAGAGAUUUGCUGUCUCAUCAGAAUGGAUUUGGAGACAGAAUUGUUAAGUUUAGCAGCAUUUUUAAAGGUAGAUGGGCCUUGGCGUCAGGCUGAACUGGAAAUGAAAUGCAAGCAGCUGAAUUUGAGUCCAUGCAAAGAUGAUGUGUCGGUUCCAAAAGAAGGGAUCAAUUGCACAGUUAGAGUUGGCUUUAGCACCCCAGAACACACCCUUCCUACGGAUGACAUUGGCAGCUGGAUUGCACAUCGUGGCUGGGUCAUCUGGUAAUUACUGCGCUGGAGUCACACACGUUGGAAAAACAACCGGUGUCUGUCCUGUGGUGUGUCUGGCAUGCGGGAGUGACUUGGAAAUUAUCAGCGGAGAGCUGUGGAUAGGUGCAAAAUCCUAGUGGGGAUGCUCUUUCCUUGCUCAAUUACUCUGUAGCAACAAAUGAAUUAGUUGUGCGGGCAGUUAAACUGUCAUCAGUAGUCUUCAGAGUAAACAAAUUAAAUGUGAACUUGAGCAGACCCACGCAGGCAGCACAGCAUUGAGCCAACCUUGCUGGACAGCAUCUGUGAGAAGGCAGGCGGGGACCAGGGUGGUACGACUGCGUAGCUCCAGUGACAGGAAAGCCAGCCUCACCACAGGAUACACAGCCGUCUUUGCAUGCUUUUAUUCAUCUGGGAACAUCUGAAAUAGUCCAAGGCCACUUCAUAUUAAGUGAAGAAUCACUGCUAAAAGAGCAGGAGGUGGUUUGUUGGUGUUUCCCCAGCUGAGGGUUGGACUUAGAAAUCACAAUAAGAGCUAAUGUGAUCUGUGGCCAAAAUAUGCUCUUAACUGCAUCCUCAGCUAUACCAGAAUGUAACAGAAUAUAGCAAAAAGGAUGGAGGAUGUAACUCAGGCUGAGCUUAUCAAAAUCUCUCAUGAUGAGAAUAGAUCCUCUUGUUGGGCUGAGCCUGCCCGGCUGAGCUGCGUGAAGAUCCUUGCAAAUGUUUUGCAGCCUCAGUUGCUGCUGGUUCAGACUGGCCUCACCUAUUUUUACUGGCUGUCAUGAGGUUGGAUGAGAUCUGUGUAGACAGAGCACUGCUUGCUGCUGAAAUGGAGGAACACUGGCAUAUUCUGAAAACCAUCCUUCUGGGCCAGAUGCUCUCCUUGUUUAUCUGUGGGACUGCUGUUACAAGCCAGUACCUAGCGGAACAAUACCAAGUGAAUACUCCAAUGUUGCAAAGUUUUAUCAACUAUUUUUUGCUUCUACUAGUUUAUACAACAAUGCUGGCAUUUAGGACUGGUGGUGACAGUCUUCUUCAAAUUUUGAAACAGAGGUGGUGGAAGUACCUGUUUUUGGGACUGGCUGAUGUCGAAGCCAAUUACACGAUUGUAAAGGCCUACCAAUACACGACCCUCACCAGCGUGCAGCUGCUGGAUUGUUUUGGGAUCCCUGUGCUGAUGGCUUUGUCCUGGUUCAUUCUCCGUGCGAGAUACCGACUCAUCCAUUUUAUCGCGGUUGCCGUCUGCUUGCUGGGUGUAGGAACAAUGGUGGGUGCAGACAUUUUGGCAGGGAGGCAAGACAGUGAAGGAAGUGACGUGGUGAUUGGAGAUGUCUUAGUUCUUCUGGGUGCUUCUUUGUAUGCCAUAUCUAAUGUGAGUGAGGAAUACAUUGUGAAAAAUCUGAGCAGAGUGGAGUUUCUAGGAAUGGUGGGCUUGUUUGGGACUAUUAUCAGCGGUCUACAGCUAGCCAUUGUGGAACAUAGGGAUAUAAUGAGAAUUCAAUGGAACUGGAAAAUUGCGUUACUGUUCGCAGUGUUUGCCCUGUGUAUGUUUGGGCUGUACAGCUUCAUGCCAGUAGUGAUUAAAGUUACGAGUGCAACCUCGGUCAACUUGGGCAUUCUGACUGCCGACCUCUACAGUCUUUUCUUUGGACUUUUCCUGUUUUACUACAAAUUUUCAGGUCUUUAUAUCCUGUCCUUUGUCAUCAUCAUGGUGGGCUUCAUCUUGUAUUGCUCCACUCCAACUCGGACUGCAGAGCCCACUGCUGUGCCACAGCCGCGCAGCACCGGCUUGGACAACGCUGGGCUGAAGCUUGAGGAAAACGACAGCCAAACGCCGGUUGUAACCGUGCAGUUCACAAGAGAUGAAUCUGUGGUGGUCAGCACUGAUUAAAAAAAUGGCAGCGUUUCAAAACAGAGCUUUUAUUUUACUGCCAAAGUUUCCUUCAAAUAUUAAUCUGGAGAACUGUUCUACUGCCAAGGCGUAUGUCAUGCUGCGCUGGUUUUAAUGCACUGGAUAGACUUUUUAAGGCCAGAUCUUCAAUCAGUGAAACUGUAUUGAUUUACCCUUGCAGAAAAUCUGGCCCUUUGAAGAAGACAGAGUAAUAUUUAUGCGGAGUCUCUGGGAAGUGAGAGACUGUUAUUUUUAAAUGCUUAAUUAACUUAACAGCAAAUGCUUGGGGGAAAAAGCCAAAGAAUGUUCUCAGGUUGCUAACUAGAGCAAAUACACUUUUUAUUGCAUUAGGACCUAAAUUUGCAAGAUGCUAUCGGAGGGCUUCAUGAUUCCCACUCCUCAGUGCUGGGUACCCUCACAUAGCAUCUUGCAAAAGCCACUCAGCUUUUCAUGGGAUCAGCGCUGCGAGCCGUGUUAUGUGCACACACCUUCCACGUGCUGAUGGACCUCAUUUAUCUGCUGGAGGCUUUUGCUUCUGACAUUCCAGCUAAAUGUUUGUCUCUUCAUAUUCCUGCAUUCUUUGUCGCAGCUGGGGUUGCUACAGAGAACAAGUAUUUUAUUUUUCAAUUUUGCUUGUAAAGGCAGUUUGAGUAUGUGUUUUUAUAAUCCCUUCCUUUUCUCUCAGUAGCCUGCUCUUUGGUGCAUUCCCACUAGGUGGAGGAGACAGACAGUCCUCUAUCCCGUAAGAACUGAUUUUAUUUUUUUUUUCUGGAUGAAACAGCAAGUGUUUAAACUGAAGUUCACUUAGUGAAGUUCUCCUUGAAAUGGGACACAUUUCUGCAGAAAAAUUUGAAUAAAAUUUGCAUUUCUAAAAUUUUUGAGGUCUUAGGCAAUCCUCAUUGCAACGAUAAUGACAUAAUCUCCCGAAGGUUAAGUGCUUUCUGUAGGUUCAUUUGCAGUUUUACUCCCCCUCUUCGUAUUUACAAUAAAAUGAUUAAAAUUCAUGAAGCUGCAGUUUUCACAUCAGUAAAACCAUAUGGGGAUCUUUUUUUGUACAAAUCUUCACAGUUUAGGCGUAUGAAAUAACAAUGAAUAAAGUUUUCAGCAGCUGGA